ACAACAUCUCGUUGAUUGGUUAUUGGCAGGAAAGUAACCGAAAUGGUUUUUCCUGCAACUUUCUUCACACUAUUACUAAUAAAUGUCGUCACCUUCUUUUUCCUCCUUCGAUAUUGUCAGUGAUUUCCGCGGCGGUAUGUAAAGAUGUCUCAGGUGGGUCUGAAGUGUCCGAGCUGCGGCUCUUCCAACAUCGUGGAGGAUGAUUUGUACGCACAGACCCAGAGUGUGUGUGUGGACUGCGGCUCCGUGCUGUCCGAGGACCUUCUGGCUAAUCACCCGGUCGGGGGUUCAGAAGUCAGUUACAGGCACUCUGCUCAGCAAUCCAAAAGACCAUGCCAAAACCUGAUAAAAGGACUGCAGCGGGUCAGGGCUCUCUGUCGUGUCCUCAGAGUCAACAGUGAAAUUGAAAAAUCAUCAACGGCCUAUUUUGAACAAGUGUAUAACCACAAGAGCUUCAUCAAUGUGAGCUUGACUAAGAAGGAGGCCUUAGCUGGCAGUUGUGUCCUCAUCAACUGCAGGAUGCACAAUUGGCCUGUUACUGUGACGACCAUCGCUUACCUCAUCGACACUGAUCCAGGGAUUGUGGGAGCCAUUUAUCAAGAGGCUUUGAACACUCUGAACAUCUGUGUUCCACCUUUGAGUGUCACUGAUGUUAUGGAAGCUCACUGUCAGGAAUACCAAAUCACACGUGAUCAUGUUCCAGAUGAGUUGGCGGCUGACACAAAAGAGCUGACAAGAAGAGCUUUGGCGCUGGUGGAGCUGGCAGCCAACUCCUGGAUUGUGACUGGCCGAAGACCUGUCCCUAUCAUGAUGGCUGCAACAUACUUGUCUUGGCAGUCCCUACAGCCCACAAAACUACGACUCAAAAUGACUCUGGAUAAAUUUUGUCAAAUCACAAAAGUUGAUAAGAACAGCGCUGCAAUGAAAAGAGUAAAUGAAAUCAAGGCAGUGCUGUGUAAACUUGGGAAUGAGAUCCCAUGGGAAAAACGAGGAGUGACUCCUAAUGAUGUGAUACAGCAAGUGGAGGACAUUUUGAGUUAUAGAUUUGCCUUGAUGAGGAAGGCUUUGAAAAGUUGUGAGGACUCGCUACAGGCAGAUCUUCAGCAGUGUGAUGCAGAAAAUAAAGAAACGUCGACGACCAAAACGCCAGAAUUAAAAACUUCUUCCAAGACGGGCUCAAGUGUUCUAGAAACUGAGCAAGCAAACAGUGGUGCCUGUGAUGAACCAAACUGGGGUAAAGCCAUGCUGUUUGCCCCUCCUUGUGUGGUUCAUCCCAAGAAAAGGAAAAGGACGCCAAGUAACCAAACAGAAGUAACAGGGAAUGAAGACAUAUCCGACAGUGAAAUUGAUUCAUACAUCAGAACACCUCAGGAAGCCCGAGACUUUGCAAAGACUCAAAAGGUUUUUUUGCCAGGAGAGUGACAGUUUGUAAUGGUUGAAUUAUUGUCAUCAUCAUCGUCUGCUGUUUCUAGUUUUCUGAAAAGUAAGAAAAAAGUUAUAAUUUUUGUUGGCAGAAACCGAUGUGGCUAAAAUAGUUAGUUUUCUCUUUUGCUUGUUUGUUAAUAUGCAUUCUGUAUAUUAUCAGUAGAGCAUACAGCUCUGAUUUAUGUAAUAAAGCAGUCUAGUAAGAA